CAGGCUCCAUGGCGCUCUGGUUGACUCUGGUCAUUGCUCUCACCUGCUUUGGUGGCCUCGCCUCCCCAGGCCCUGUGCCUCCCCACUCUACAGCCCUCAAGGAGCUCAUUGAAGAGCUGGUCAAUAUCACCCAGAACCAGAAGGUGAGUGCCUGCUGGCCAGAUGCCAGCUCCGAGGGUUUGGGGAUGGGGGACACUCAGGAAGGGGAUUGGUCAUGGUCUGGGCCGCGAAGGUUGGGCCUGGUCCUAAGAUGUCUGUGGGUCAGGAAGAAGCCUCAAGGACUAGGAGAUGAGCUUGGCCUUGAGGGAGAGGAGCCAGGCCGGGGGUGGGGGGGGGUGUAGCAAUACGGACGGACCCAUGAAAGAAUUUGGCAGAGCCCCCAAGGACCACUUCCUCUCCUGGCCUGGCCCUGCCUGACAUGGCCAGCUCCUAUUCAGCCGUUACUGCACAGAGGCAAACAGAGAAGGGCUGGCACCCGCCUAGAACUAUUUGGCAUUUGCCAACGGGAUGUGAAGGCAAUAAUGGGGCCGUUAUUCACAGCAUCUUAGUUAAGCUCAUUCUUACGGAAGAAUUCAUUAGCAGAGUCAGCUCCUUUGCCCAGUGGGAUGGCUCACACUUUCUGAGCACUGAUAAUGUGCCAGGCCCACUGCUGGGGGCUUUACAGCUCAUUUAAUUGCUGCCAACGACCUCAAGAAGCAGAUAUGAUAUCCCAUUUGACAGACUAAGCUUCAGUGAGGUUAACUGACAAAAGUCAGAUAAGAACCAGUACUGGCUGAUACCAGAGUGCUGGUGUUGGGAGCUGGAGUGUCCCCGAUUCAGAAGGCAGGCUGAUCAGAGCCUAGACCCCCACUCCUUCCUAAGCCAUCAGGCCACCCUCUCCCUCACCCGACCCUGCCCUGGGCCUUCCCUGCAGGCCUCCUGCUGACGGCCCGUGUCACCUGUCCUGCCAUGGCUAUGGCAAGCUUCACACAAAACUUGUCCCCUCACUGGCUGUGUCACUCACAUUUUCCUCUCCCAGCCCCAAGAUCCUGUACAACAGGUCUCCCCCACUGUGAAGAGCAGGGAACCAAGUUCAGGAACUCUGAAGGUCCCAGGCCUGCCCCGGCUCUCCUGGGGAUGCUUGGGGGGCUAUCCGGGGGGAGGCCUGGGACCCUGCCGGCACUCAGCCUCCUGUCCUCUGCUCCCCAGACACCCCUAUGCAACGGCAGCAUGGUGUGGAGCGUCAACCUGACCACCAGCAUGCAGUACUGUGCCGCCCUGGAAUCCCUCAUCAACAUCUCCGACUGCAGCGCCAUCCAAAAGACCCAGAGGAUGCUGAGCGCCCUCUGUUCUCACAAGCCCCCAAGCGAGCAAGUUCCUGGCAAGCACAUCCGAGACACCAAAAUUGAAGUGGCCCAGUUCGUAAAAGACUUGCUCAAACAUUUAAGGAUGAUUUUUCGCCACGGGUAGUUCAGAUGAAGCAUGAAAAAUGAGCACUGAUCUUUGCAGAGGCAGCCCUUUACCAUCUAAGAUGCGGAUUCAUUUUUCUUCCAGAUGUCAGGAACUCAUUGGGGAGAAGGGAGAGGGGGUUAGGGUGGGGGGGUAAGAUUUCCUUAGCUUAGACUUGAGCCUGUGCUGUCUGCCUUGAGCCUAGCCGACCCCAGCUGCCCUGUGCCGUGGUGCCCAGGGCUCAGCUUGGGGGCCUCCUCCAUCCGGGGCUCUGCGCUCAGGGGACGAGGAUGGCAUCGCCCCACACGACCUCUCCUUGCCAGACAUGGUGAGGAGGCAUCGGCUUGACACGGGGGCAACUGAGGCAGAGAGCAGCCAGGCACAUUUCUUCUCGGCCUUAUUUAUUAUUGUGUGUUAUUUAAACAAGUGUUUUUGUCUGUACCGGGCAUAGGGAGGGACUGUUACCGCCAGAACUUAGAGCCAAGGGCCUGGAGACCUGGGGCUGCAGCACCACAGCAGCGGGCAUCAGGAAUCUCUGGCAAUAAGUACUGUAUGCAUACAUUUGCUACCUCACAGGGGUCCUGGGGCCGAGGCAGGGGACAGGAGAGAAGGCCAGGGUGGCCGCUCUUGUCUGCCAGCCAGCACUCGGCCCUCAGCCAAGUAAUUUAUUUUGUCCUUGUAUUUAAAGUUAAGUAUUAAAAUAUGUUAUCAAAGAGUUAAUAUAUAGAAGAGCAGCCUAGAACACUGCAUAUAGUGUAUAUGGACUUGGGGUAGGGGUGGGGGUCACUAAGUUGUUUCACUGACUAUGUCAAUCAAGCUGGAAGCCAGAAAUAAAGAUGGUGAUAAGAGACUUGACCAUGUUUGCCCUUUUUUGGGGUGGGGGGGAUGCCUUUGGAGACACAGACUUGUGUUCUUAGAACGUUGAGGAACUCCUCUAGAGACUGGCCAGUUGGAGGGACAGUGGGAGACAAGACCAGGGCUGAAAGAAAGCCAGCCAGCCUCUGGGGAGAGGGGACCUGGCCAGCAGGAAGUGCCCCCACUGGCACCUGCAGGAAGGUGGAAGGAGCAUGGGCCAGGGUGUCGGGGUUCAAGGAGGGUGUCUGGAGCAGGUGGAAACCUUGGAAGUCAUCUCACGACUACAGCCCUUGAUGAGUGGCCGGCCUGGGUCAGGCCUCCGGGGUCACCCUCAUAACCCCCCAGGGCUCCGGGAAGAGAAGACGGCAGCCAGUAAGGAGCAAAAGCCAGGAUGUGCACCCCAAACUCACUCCAAUUCCAAACCCCACACGCUUUACUACUCUGCCUUCCUCCGUCAAAAUGCCAUCUGGCCUGAAUGCAAGACCUUUAUAAGACUGUCACCAGCCUGUGUGAGCACCACCCCUGAUGGGAAGCUCACUACUUCCUCUCAGGACACAGCCCAUUCAAUGUCUGGAUACCUCUUGUCACUAGAGAGUGCACACCCACCACCUCUGCGAACAAAGACACACCAGGGACUUGUGGCCCCUUGACAGUGGAGUGACUGAGGUGGAGAACCAAGGUCGCAGGGCCCGGAUCGGACUGCUCCUCCAAGCAGGUCUGUGUGUUUCUCCCUUGGCCCAGGUCAGUACGUGGAGGGUGGGAUACGGCAGGCCUCAGAGGGGCACAGCGAACAAGCAGGCCUGGCAGCCGCGGUUGUUCCUGGGUCUGGUUGGACAGGAUCCUUCUCGCGGUGGGUGGUGGGUCAUCAGAGACGGGUCUCCAAUGCUGAGCGGCAGGGAGGCGCCCUCCACGGAGAGCCCAGAGCCCUGCGGAAACAUCUACAAUGAUGCACCCAAGUCAGUGGAGGCAGCCACUCAAGGGCAGAGACAGCUCGCGCCGCACGCGACUCAGGCAGCAGCAGCCACGGCGGGACUUGUCCAGGGUGCAGAUGACCAGCCCCUUCACCAGCCCCAGUGGAGGGGAGGGAAGAA